AUGCCCGUGCUGACAGCACACGGUGCUGCCGCACAGCCUGCUCUGCUGCCUCGGCUCUCGGUGCUGCAGCACAGCCUGCUGUGCCUCGGCUCUCGGUGCUGCAGCACAGCCUGCUGUGCCGCCUCGGCUCUCGGUGCUGCCGCACAGCCUGCUCUGCCGCCUCGCCUCUCGGUGCUGCCGCACAGCCUGCUCUGCCGCCUCGCCUCUCGGUGCUGCAGCACAGCCUGCUCUGCCUCGGCUCUCGGUGCUGCUGCACAGCCUGCACUGCCGCCUCGGCUCUCGGUGCUGCAGCACAGCCUGCUCUGCCGCCUCGCCUCUCGGUGCUGCAGCACAGCCUGCUCUGCCGCCUCGCCUCUCGGUGCUGCAGCACAGCCUGCUCUGCCGCCUCGCCUCUCGGUGCUGCAGCACAGCCUGCUCUGCCGCCUCGCCUCUCGGUGCUGCCGCACAGCCUGCACUGCCGCCUCGGCUCUCGGUGCUGCAGCACAGCCUGCUCUGCCGCCUCGGCUCUCGGUGCUGCAGCACAGCCUGCACUGCCGCCUCGGCUCUCGGUGCUGCAGCACAGCCUGCACUGCCGCCUCGGCUCUCGGUGCUGCAGCACAGCCUGCACUGCCGCCUCGGCUCUCGGUGCUGCAGCACAGCCUGCUCUGCCGCCGCGCCUCUCGGUGCUGCAGCACAGCCUGCUCUGCCGCCUCGGCUCUCGGUGCUGCCGCACAGCCUGCACUGCCGCCUCGGCUCUCGGUGCUGCAGCACAGCCUGCUCUGCCGCCUCGGCUCUCGCACAGCCUGCUCUGCCGCCUCGCCUCUCGGUGCUGCAGCACAGCCUGCACUGCCGCCUCGCCUCUCGGUGCUGCAGCACAGCCUGCUCUGCCGCCUUGCCUCUCGGUGCUGCAGCACAGCCUGCACUGCCGCCUCGGCUCUCGGUGCUGCAGCACAGCCUGCUCUGCCGCCUCGCCUCUCGGUGCUGCAGCACAGCCUGCUCUGCCGCCUCGCCUCUCGGUGCUGCCGCACAGCCUGCACUGCCGCCUCGGCUCUCGGUGCUGCAGCACAGCCUGCUCUGCCGCCUCGGCUCUCGGUGCUGCAGCACAGCCUGCUCUGCCGCCUCGCCUCUCGGUGCUGCAGCACAGCCUGCUCUGCCGCCUCGCCUCUCGGUGCCGCCGCACAGCCUGCUCUGCCGCCUCGCCUCUCGGUGCCGCAGCACAGCCUGCUCUGCCGCCUCGCCUCUCGGUGCCGCAGCACAGCCUGCUCUGCCGCCUCACCUCUCGGUGCUGCAGCACAGCCUGCUCUGCCGCCUCGCCUCUCGGUGCUGCAGCACAGCCUGCUCUGCCUCGCCUCUCGGUGCUGCAGCACAGCCUGCUCUGCCGCCUCGCCUCUCGGUGCUGCCGCACAGCCUGCUCUGCCGCCUCGCCUCUCGGUGCUGCAGCACAGCCUGCUCUGCCGCCUCGGCUCUCGCACAGCCUGCUCUGCCGCCUCGCCUCUCGGUGCUGCAGCACAGCGUGCUCGGCUCUCGCCUCUCGGUGCUGCAGCACAGCCUGCUCUGCCUCGCCUCUCGGUGCUGCAGCACAGCCUGCUCUGCCGCCUCGCCUCUCGGUGCUGCCGCACAGCCUGCUCUGCCGCCUCGCCUCUCGGUGCUGCCGCACAGCCUGCUCUGCCGCCUCGCCUCUCGGUGCUGCAGUACAGCCUGCUCUGCCGCCUCGCCUCUCGGUGCUGCAGCACAGCCUGCUCUGCCGCCUCGCCUCUCGGUGCUGCAGCACAGCCUGCUCUGCCGCCUCGGCUCUCGGCGCUGCCGCACAGCCUGCUCUGCCGCCUCGCCUCUCGGUGCUGCAGCACAGCCUGCUCUGCCGCCUCGCCUCUCGGUGCUGCAGCACAGCCUGCCCUGCCGCCUCGCCUCUCGGUGCUGCCGCACAGCCUGCUCUGCCGCCUCGGCUCUCGGUGCUGCAGCACAGUCUGCUCUGCUGCCUCGGCUCUCGGUGCUGCCGCACAGCCUGCUCUGUCGCCUCGGCUCUCGGUGCUGUGUUCGCCACAGAUAUCCCACAAGGUCACCGUUCUGCACCAACUGAUACAAAAAAUACAGCCUUUAAAGUAA